AGUUGGAGUCAUUGUCAUGUUGGUGGUGUUACUGAUCCUGCAUGCCAUCUCGUGUGCCCAUUCUCAUGGGCCGCCGGGUGCCGCCGUGCCUGGGAAACAGUGCCCGUCUGCGUGCCAGUGUGAGGAGGAUGGCAUCCUACUGCUCGUGGACUGUUCCGAACAAGGACUAUCCAGUGUGCCAACCGACCUAAGUCCUUUGACGUCUUACCUGGAUCUCAGUAUGAACAACAUCAGUGAGAUUCAGCCCAACGCUUUCCACGACCUGCACUUCCUCAGUGAACUGAGACUCUCGGGCAACCACCUGAGACACAUCCCUGGCCCCGUGCUCCAAGGCCUCUACAACCUCAAAGUCCUGAUGUUGCAGAAUAACCAGUUAGAGAGAUUGCCCAGUGAAGACCCUUGGGAAUUACCCAAUUUGCUCUCUCUGCGUCUGGAUGCCAACCUGAUUAUGGAGGUGCCAGCAAGGACCCUCUCGGGUAUGCGGUCCCUGCGGCACUUGUGGCUUGAUGACAAUGCCCUGACAGAUAUCCCAGUAAGCGCCCUCAAUGACCUCUCUUCGCUCCAGGCUAUGACCCUUGCCCUAAACCGCAUCACCCACAUCCCAGACUAUGCCUUCAGGAACCUUUCCAACCUGGUUGUGCUGCAUCUUCAUAACAACAUGAUCCGGACCCUCGGACAGAACUGCUUUGAGGGACUGCACAGCCUCGAGACCCUGGAAUUGAACUUCAAUGACCUUCAAGAGUUCCCCGUGGCCAUUCGCACACUCGCCAAGCUUCAGGAACUGGGUUUCCACAACAACAACAUUAAGGCCAUUCCCGAGAGAGCAUUUGUGGGGAACCCACUUCUGCAGACCAUUCAUUUCUACGAGAAUCCCAUUCAGUUUGUUGGCAGAUCAGCAUUUCAGUUCUUGCCAAAGUUACACACGCUCUCUUUGAACGGGGCCACUGAGAUCCGAGAGUUUCCAGAUUUGAAAGGAACCACCAGCCUGCAAGUUCUUACGCUGACCCGAGCUGGACUGACCGUCCUGCCAUAUGAUCUCUGCCACCUGCUGCCUAAAUUAAGAGUGCUGGAGCUGUCGCACAACGUCAUCGAAGAGCUGCCGAGUUUCUACCACUGUGCCUCUCUUCAGGAGAUAGGCCUGGAGCACAAUCUGAUCAAACAGAUUGAGAUGAACACAUUCCAACAGCUCAGCUCUCUGCGUUCACUGGAUCUAAGCUGGAACAGGAUCAACACCAUCCACUCUGAUGCCUUUUCCUCUCUACAGUCGCUUAUUAAACUAGAUCUCACUGAGAACCGAUUGAGCAGUCUCCCGCUCACUGGGCUAACAAGUCUCACUCAUCUUAAACUGAAAGGAAACACGGCACUCUCGCGUUCCUUCAGAGAGGAGGACUUACCCAACAUAAGGGUCAUUGAGAUGCCAUAUGCCUAUCAGUGCUGUGUUUUUGGAGCCUGCAACAGCUACAAAGCAGCCAGCCAGUGGGAAGAACAGAUGGGCAGUGAAGAGGAAGAUCUCCAGAAGAAAGCUCUGUCCCUGUUUCCCAUUCACACAGACAACAACUAUGACCUUGACUUAGAAGAAUUCCAGUUAGCUAUUGAAGAGUCCAAACUACAAACCAGCAUACAGUGUACCCCCAUCCCAGGUCCAUUUAAACCAUGCGAUAACCUGUUUGACAGUUGGGUGGUACGGCUUGGCAUGUGGCUCAUCUCUUUGGUCUCGCUGAUGGGAAACAGCCUUCUCCUCAUGACAGUCUUUGCAUCCCCCAGCUAUCUCUCCCCUGUUAAGUUCAUCAUUGGCACCAUCAGUGGCGCCAACCUGCUUACGGGCCUGUGCACCGGCACCCUGGCACUGGUUGACGCCCGGACAUUUGGAGAGUUUGCCCUGCACGGCGCUCAAUGGGAAAGGGGUGCAGGAUGCCAAACAACAGGCUUUCUUUCAGUUCUAGCCUCUGAGGGCUCCAUACUCUUCCUGACCUUGGCUGCAGUGCAGUGCAGUGUGUCCGUGUCAUGCGCUCGAGCCUACGGAAAGUCGCCCUCUCUGGGAAGCGUGCGAGCCGCCACAGUGGCGUGCUUGGCACUUUCGUUGGCAGUCGCCGCUUUGCCGCUAAUUGGGGUCGGAGAGUACGGGGCAACCCCGCUCUGCAUGCCAUCACCACUGCCGGACGGCGAACCUUCCACAUUGGGUUACAUGGUUGCUCUGAUAAUGAUGAACUCCCUGUGUUUCCUGGUGAUCACUGGAACUUACAUCAAACUGUACUGGGACCUGAUGAAGGGCGACUUCGACAGUAUUUGGGAUUGCGCCAUGAUCAAGCAUGUAGCCUGGCUCAUCUUCACCAACUGCCUGCUCUACUGCCCUGUGGCCUUCCUCACCUUCUCCUCCCUUCUGGGACUCUUUCCUGUGAGCGAGGAGGUUGUCAAAUCUGUCGUCCUGGUGCUUCUGCCUCUUCCUGCAUGCAUCAAUCCCUUGCUCUACCUUCUCUUCAAUCCGCACUUCCGUGAAGAUGCACGUUUGCUUUUGAGCAAAGCUCACCUCCAUCAUGACCGCAACCUGGAUUCCUUCGUCUCUGUUGACACGGAGAAAAGCUCAUACGACUCCACUCAAGCCUUGGUGUCCUUUGCCGCUGAAGCAGAUGCAGUAUUCGAGAGUUCAUCAGCACCAAACCCAGAGACAGUCACCAGGUUUUCUUGCCCACCCUCAGUGCCUCUCAUCCCAUGCCAGAUGCAGAUGAACCCCUCAACAGAGAGGGAUAAUGUCGCAGAGAACCUGGUCAGGUCAACACCAGGACUCAUUGUCAAAGAGCAGGAGCACCUUAGGAGCAGCGGACUGGACACUCAUAAUGGAACCUCCUUCUCUGGAGUCUACCACUCCACGCAUCUCUCAACUCGUUCUUAAGUCUUCUCCUAAACUCUAAAGUUUUUAAAGACCCUUUGAGCAUGAGAAGUCGUGAGCCCACAUAUGAACUGACCCCUAAAACCUUCAGAGCUAAUGAACAAUGAACUGUGUUUUAGGACUAUAUAUAUAUAACCACACUGUCCCAACUGCUACAUGGCAUUCUUAAAGGAAAAAGUAAAGAAAAGCCUAAUUGCAUUUUGUGGCAUAAUCUUGUGGGCAAUUUAGUAAUUUAAGCAACAAUCUUAAAAUGUUCAAAAACAAAUCCGCAUUUAUUUUUAGUAACUUGUUUGUGUAAUUAGGCUUAAAGGAGUGUUCUGGGUUUAAUAUCACCUCCAUGCAUGGAAUAUUGAUGAUUUUCACCGAACGUAAUUUCUUUUUUGACUCAACACUCUUUUUAAACAAGCGGGGGAAAAUCAUGCAUUAUGUACAUACAAUGGGAGUCAAUGAGGCGAAGUACUGCACCUGCAUAAAAAUUCAAAUUCACAAUGCGUCUACAAAACACAAAGACAAAUCCAUGACAGAAAUGAUGUUGGUAAUGCAGAACUAAAAAUGAAUCCACCUACAACAGUGGUCUCACAUCUCAUGAGCACUACAUUUCAUUGUUUUAAACCUGGAACUAAGGUUGCAAAGG